GUCAGCAACAAGGUCUCCGGCGUGGCCGCUGCUUCCAAUGUUGCUGCUGACGCUUGUGUUUGUGUUUCCUGCGGCUUCCGAGCUUCAGGUGCCGCUGUUGUUCUGGUCAAGCUCUCGUGAUUUAUGGGCUCCGCUUGAAAAUGCCCACGAAGGUCACAUCACUACGGACAUUCAGCUUUCUUCCUACCUAGACCGUGCCCUAGAGAAGGGACCUCGAAACGUGCUGCUGUUCCUGCAAGAAAAACUAAGUAUCGAGGAUUUCACUGCAUAUGGGGGGGUGUUUGGCGAUAAGCAAGAGAGUGUUUUCUCUCACCUGGAGAAUGCUCUGGAAUCGGCUCCCUCUUCCUUGAUCCUGCCUUCGGUGGACGCAUAUGCAGCCAGUACUUUGACUUCUUAUCUGAAGAAGAAAUCCGGAGCUAGUCCGCUCCAGAUAGACCCAGCCACCCUGAGGAAGCUGAAGCCCAAUGACAUCUUCCCUGCACUGCUCCUCCUGAGACUGCCAUAUUUCACCAGUUCUGACUCGAUGGCUCCCAAAGAAAUACUGCUGGGCAAUGAUGAGAUCAUCGGGCAGGUGAUGAGCGCCCUCAGGUCAGAAGAUGUGCCCUAUACAGCCAUCCUGACUGCAGUUCGGCCUUCCCGGGUGGUUCGGGACUUGUCCCUGAUAUCUGGGGAUCUGGGGCGGCACCUCCUCGGGGAAGAUAAGGAAUUUUACUCCCUACUGCCUGAAACGUCUCCUCUGCCGCCAGUGAGCUACAAAGAUACGAAGUCUCGCAUCCUCUUUUGGGCGGAGGACUUCACUGUCACCCAUGAGAGUGAGACUCGUAACCUGACUGCACUCACUUUUGGAGCCCCAACACUCAACCUGACGGGCUCCAGCUGGAACAGCUCUUCUGCCCAGCUUGUUCUGACAUAUGAUAACCUCUUUGGCCCAUUCCUGACGAUCAAGUUUAUCCUGAGCAGUCAGUUCUACCCCGUUUCAGCCCAAAGCUGGUUCACCAUGGAGAGCUUAGAGAUCCACACCAACAGUUCAUUGGUUAUCUUCACUUCCCCUCAAGUCACGGCGCCUAGCAUCUAUUCCUUCCAUUGCCAGUAUGUUACCUUCAAAAGCUCGAAGGAAGUAAAGUCCUCGUUUGGUUCCUCUGACUGGCGUGUGAGUUUCUAUAACUUCCAGAUUCAGGCUUUCAACGUGUCAGAUGAAAACUUCGCCCAGGCCAGUGAUUGCGCCGGCUUCUUCUCUCCUGCUAUCUGCAUGGGGCUGGUCAUCGCGAUAGUGUUGUUGUUCUUCCUCCUCUAUGGGCUGCACAUGAUCCUCAAUCUGAACACCAUGGAUCGCUUUGAUGAUCGCAAGGCGGGUUUCCUUAUUAUAGCACAAGAAUGACAUUUUCAGUUAUAGGUGAGGGGGUGGGGAGGGGGAAGGGACGAGCAGAAGGGUGGAAGGUGGAGUCAUGUGUUGACUUUGCUUCCUUUUGGAAGAGCUACCAGAUUACUACUCGUUUGUGCUUCCUCAUUAGCUAAGCCUCCCUAUACCUGUUUCUUCUUGUUUCCACCCCUAAUUAUCCCAGAGCCCGUUGUUUUCUUUGCCGGUCCUGAACGUGGUAACAAAAAGCUUUGUCUGCCUCUGACAAACAGCCCCAGUGAAAACCAGGCGGCUGGAGUUUAGGUCUGCCUUGAAGACACCUUGAGGCAGCACAUGCCUUUUGGGGCUCUUUUCUGUGGUGCAGGAGGAUAAGGAAGCAGUCAGUUUUUGUCCCCCUAAUCUCUAAUUUACAGUCACUCCCUAUAUAGCCACUCCUUGUCCACAACUGUUUAUAUUCACUCCAAAUACACGCACACACGCACACCUUAUGGGAAGGAGUAUCUUUUUCUUCCUGAUGACUGCCUAGCCUUAUUUAUCUUCCCUAAAUGCUUACCCUCAGGUCUAGCUGCUUCAUGUGUGAGAUAUAUUCUGAGGAUUGGUUAAAUUGUAGUCCUGAGAUUGGAAGAUAAUUCUAAUUGGGGAAAUGUAUUUGUCUUGUUGUUGCUUACUGUUAUCUUUUAGUUUUUUGGUGAUGCUAAAAUGGGAUGUAAUAAGAAAUUGAA